UCGGGUGGCAUAGGCGAAGGCUCCGUACAAAUACUUGUCAGGCUGCAGGGGACACUGUGUGACAUCCACAGCCAGUAUGGAUUUAUUUAUUCCAAUGUGUAUCCUCUGUAUUCUGACGGGACAUAGGAUUCAAGGCCAUAAUACCGCUACCGAUGGCGGAGUCCGGUUUGAGAAAGAACAGACCGAUGUCGGAUAUGCACUUCAAGAGGGUCAGACCGCUGAGGACGAUUGGCUUCAGAAAGCACAGACCAGUACUGAACAUGUGCUCCGACAUACCCGAACCAACAGCACAGGGGUAUUGUCUGAGAAUGAAACAGAAGCUGCUUCAAACGGAACAGAGCACAGUGCGACGCCGCUGCCAACAAAGCCUGCCCCUUCUGCUAAGAAUCUCCAGAAUUUCAUGCUCUCGGUUUUCGCCCUUUUCACCAUUAUCGUGUUGGCAUGUCUCGCUACCAUGACGGCCUGUGUAAUAGACGUGCCGCAAGAUAUCUCCAAGGCAUCCAUCAAGACGAACGACACCGUAUUAUCUCUGGAUUGGGAUCUUCUUGCCAGAAGCCAAUGCAUUCCCGUCAUUGGAGUCAACCAAGAUAGCGACAAACAGACUCUCGUCGGCUUCAAUUAGCAGCCAUGUUCGUUGACCGAGGUGCCGAUUCAGCCACUGUUGAUCAAUCAAAGAGCCUGCCUGUCCAGUCUGCUGCAGGGGGGAAUGAAAAGCGUGACCCGCUGAAUGUAGGUGUGGUCUUAAUGACAUUUAACACUCAGUAAGAGUCUUUGAGUUUGUUCAUUUGAGAAAUCAUGAAAACUCAUUCAUACCUCAAUAUACGUUGUGUAACCUUUUGAACGCCAUAACAACUGUACGCCAAUCGACAUUCUUAUUGAAAGCCCCGUGGGGGCCCAGUCUGGAAUAGACUUCAACAACCUAUUGUUUGAGACAAGAUGGGUUCAACGUGCGUUGAAAAUUAUUGUACUUGUAUAGCAACGUGCAUGCACGUCCUUCCGCUCAUCAAUCCUAAUAUUGUCCCUUCUGCCAAGCCUUAACUGUAAUGUUUCAGCCCUAAAUGAAGCAAGUCUAUAUUUUCCACAAGUUCAGGAUCUCCCAUCUCACUGGUUGGUUGGUUGGUUGGUUGUUUAACGCCGCACUCAGCAAUAUUCCAGCUAUAU